GAGCCCGCUGGCAGUAGGAAAAGCUUCCAACACACAAUCCACAACACAGCUUGGGAACCAAGAAAGCUCCGGAUCCAGCCACUCAACCCAAGCAUGGGGCAACCACCGGCAUUGCCUCCUUGCAAAAAAGAGGAGGAAAGCAACGUGAUCCGUGUUUAACAAAAGAAUGUGUGGACGGGAGGCGGGAGGGUAACUACCUACCUGCUGAAAGCGAACUUUCUUGAUAUCCGUGCAUAUAUAUAAGCUCGGCCCAGCCUUUGAUGUUCAGCAACUGAUCACUGAUCAGAUUACAGGCAUUUCAUCUCCCUGCUCGUCUGUCUUUGAUCUGCAUGGUUAAUUUCAUUUUCCUGGAUUUGAAGUUUCGUCCGGGCUUGUGCUGACACACAUUUUUGGGAAGGUAGAAGCAUUUGGCAUAGAAGUGCUGCCAAGGAGAAACCAGGCUGCCGAAAGGAAUUCUUCAGGAUAAAUACAUUUGAUAAGAGCAAUGGCUUUAAAAGUACUACUAGACCAAGAGAAAACAUUCUUCACCAUUACACUUUUACUAGGCUGUUUGUCAUGUAAAGUGAUUUGUGAAACCGGAGACUGUAGACAACAAGAAUUCCGGGACCAGUCUGGAAAUUGCGUUCUCUGCAAACAGUGUGGGCCAGGCAUGGAGUUGUCUAAGGAAUGUGGCUUCGGCUAUGGGGAGGAUGCACAGUGUGUGACAUGCCGGCCGCACAGGUUCAAGGAGGAUUGGGGCUUCCAGAAGUGCAAGCCCUGUCUGGACUGUGCACUGGUGAACCGCUUUCAGAAGGCCAAUUGUUCAGUCACCAGCGAUGCCAUCUGCGGGGAUUGCCUGCCAGGAUUUUAUAGGAAGACUAAACUUGUUGGUUUUCAAGACAUGGAAUGUGUGCCUUGUGGAGAUCCCCCUCCUCCCUACGAACCACACUGUACCAGCAAGGUCAACCUCGUGAAGAUCGCAUCCACGGCCUCCAGCCCUCGGGACACAGCCCUGGCUGCAGUCAUCUGCAGUGCUCUGGCCACUGUGCUGCUGGCCCUCCUCAUCCUGUGUGUCAUCUACUGUAAGAGACAGUUCAUGGAGAAGAAACCCAGUUGGUCUCUGAGAUCACAGGACAUUCAGUACAAUGGCUCUGAACUGUCAUGCUUUGACAGAACUCAGCUCAGUGAAUAUGCUCACAGAACAUGUUGUCAGUGCCACCAGGACUCUGCCCAGACCUACGGGCCUGUCCACUUGAUCCCAUCCUUGUGCUGUGGUGAGGCCUGCGGUACUGACCGGGCGGCGCUUGGUUGUGGGGUGCAUUCCAGGGCCACCCUUCCAGAGAGAAAUGCAGUGCCACUCGGGGAGACCAUGCCAACUUUCUUCGGGUCCCUUUCAAGGUCCAUGUGUGGCGAGUUUUCGGAUGCCUGGCCUCUGAUGCAAAAUCCCAUGGGUGGUGACAACAUCUCUUUUUGUGACUCUUAUCCUGAACUCAAUGGAGAAGAUAUUGAUUCUCUCAAUCCAGAAAACAAAAGCUCAACGUCUUUGGAUUCAAGCAGUUGUCAAGAUCUUGUUGAUGGAGCUGUUUCAAUUCAAGCUCUUUCUGGAAACUUCACAGAAACUGCUGAUUUAUCUAGACAUAAGGACACAGUGGCAGAAUCAGCACUAACUCAGGAUGCACUAACUACUGGAAGCCAGCUAGAUCCGGAGGGUGGAGAUACUGUGCACCCCACCACUCCCAUAUCCCUCCAGGAAGCCUAAAGGCUGUGCUUCUUCCUGCAGUGGAAGUGUGUGUCUGGAACCCAAAGGGCACCGCUCUGUUAGGCUUAUGGACUGAGCAGUCUGGACCCUGCACAGCUUCUGGAGAAAAAAUAAAGCUGAACCAAACUGAUGGCAUUUUAAGCCUUUCAACUAGUUGCGUCUGAGCCAGACCAGCUGUAAGCCGAAACCUCAAUGAGAAGCAAGGAAAGCCUCUAGGCAGACUUAUGAUUAUUUGCAUCUUCCCGAAACCAGAAGUUUCCCAUCUACAUGAACAACUUCAAAGACUGGUGGGUUAAGAGCAGCCUAUGAGAUGAUGGACACAUAACAAGAUACAGCCAGGUGUUCAUGCUCAUUUUCAUGGUGAAUGUGGUCUAACAAGACUGAAGACCCAGAGUUCCCAUUGUCACUGACAUUUUCUUUCCAGGAAUAAUUUCACUUAGCCUGUAAUUCUGCUAAAAGUACAUGUCAGAUUCUUUACAUUAGUUUUUAUGUAGAAUGGGUUUGAAAUUUAGUAUUUCUGUUGAAUAAGGUAACUUUUUCAUCAUCUAAAACUGAUUAGCUUAGGUGGUUAAAAUUGACUUUGUAACACCUGUCUAAAUCUUGGUUGUAUUAGAUGCAGUUAACUGACCAGGAAUCAGAAAACAGCUCUUUUCCAGAAUAUCACUUCUAACCUCAGCCUCUGUCACAUGGACACCUUCUGGUGCUGGUAGGAGAAAGGACCUGAGUUACUGUGGUCAGCAGAAGGUGGCCCAUCACCUUGGCAUCAAAACCACUUAACGUGCAUAACCUAGACACUUGGAUGCACAAGUUAAAUUCAUUGAUACUCAUGUUAAAUUCCUUAAUGUGGAACCAUUUGUCAUAUCUGUCUGUAUGCCUGAGCUGAAAAGUUUCAGGAUUUCUUUUAUAAAAAGAGGAUAUUUCUAAACAUGGUGAUCUUGUAUUUGUAUUGUAUCUUACAUUAAAGGUUUUGACCAUCUCAGCAUAUAAGGUUCCCCUGGCUACUGAAGUACUCUUCAAUGAGAACACACUACACUACAUAGUAGUGUAAAAAAGGAGAAAAGUCCGUAACUGGCACUGUGUGGUUUGACCAGAACUCUGUGGUUGUCCCUCUAAUAUUACUUCUGAGGUUACACAUAAAAUCUCUCAUUUUAGCCAGAUAAUAUUGAAUUUAAAAGUCUGGUGCUUCCAUUAAGGUGCUCCAUAUUCUAUCACCUUAGUAUUUACAAACUGGCAUUAUCUCUAGGGCUAAGAAAGAAACAAAACCAGUUCAGUCAAGAAGCAGUGGAUAGCUCAUUUGCUCCUAAUCUUAAAUACCCUAGAACCUUAAUUGAGCAGGAUUUUUUUCCCUGUUGCAAGAUUCAUAAUCAGAUCUGGCCUUCAUUAGCUGUCACAUUUACACUUAAAAAGUAAAUAGACCUUUGAACAUCAGUGUGUUAGAGUGCACUGAAAAAUCUGGGUAUUGCCCUGCUCAAAAUCAAGGUGAGGUAAAAACCUAACAUUUAAGUUGAACAUUAAAAUUAAUCUGUCUUUUCUAGGUCAGUUUUGUCUUUAUCAUUUUAUCAUAUUAUCAUUUAUUUACCCCAACAUUUUCUUUCUUUGUAAGACAUUAGUAAAAUUUAAGGAGCGAACCCUCUUCCCUGUGGCCAUUUCUCUAUUCAUAGUUAGGUUCUGACAUGGGUAUAUUAGCAGCCUGUGUCUGUUUCUGCUCAUGACUUCAAUUCUUUUAUCCAAAAUAGGAAAUCAGACUGUUUCAUGAUAACCCACGGUUAUUCAUAUUUACCUAGUGCCAGGUCAUAACCAAUGGAUUUUCUUUUUUUGUUCCUGUUGUAGCAUAAGCCAGUGGUUCUUAAACUUUGGUAAUCACCAACUCUUAUGAAAAUUGCCCUUAGGAAAUUCUUGUAAAUUAUUUAGGAUUUGGCCACAAGACAUCUACGAAAACGCAAGUCUGAUUUCCUUGAGUGGCUUCGUGUAGUUCACAGAUGUGUGCCUUUGUUUGCAAUUCGAUCAUCUCUGUUAUGACAGGGAUGAUCAAAGUAGGCAGGGUUGUGUCCCUUUGUGUAACCUGAAUAUAUUUUCCAUAUGGAGAGCCCUGAUUAACUUCAAAGACAGAUGCCUGCUGAAGAAAGCCAGACCGAUGGGAAGGAGACUUUGGCCUAAAUAAUCAAACAUCACUUUUGAUCCGUAAAGGUUGAAAAUUGAUUUCAUUUGAUUCUGCAUUUGAAAAAUCUUGGGUUAUUUUUGUCAAGAUGAAGACAUCUGACCACCACCACCAACUCUAGAAAUAUACAACAAUGUUAGAUUUUGCAUUCUUUGUAAACAAUUGAGAAAAAAAAUACAAUUUGCAUUUGACAGUGUUGGAAUAUCCUACAACUUUCAAUAAGCUCAGUUGCUGAAGGAGAAACGUGGUCCAGCGGGUAUCAGUGCUAUUUUCCUUGCUGUGGAAGCUCAUGACAAGAAUGAGACAAGGGUUUCAAGCACAACCAAGUCAAGUCAUGGAUUUUCUACUUUUGUGUAUAUGGAAUAUAUUUUUUAAAUAUAGAUUUUUCUACUUUAGAUCAAGUGUUGCUAUUAGGUUAAGCACCGUUGUUGGUGCUAGUAAAGAAAAAAAAAAACCAUCACUGCUUUAAGAUAGUUUGAAUCAAUUUAGGUUUCAUUACUGUUUUACAAACUAGAAUUUAUAAAUUUGUAAAUUAUCAUUUUCCUAUACAAAUAGUUUUGUAAUACUUUUUUAUUUGUGAAUAAAAUCAAUACUUGUUAUUCUUA